ACUUCCAGGAGACAGCGUCGGCCCCCUGUGAUCCUCUGCUGAUUGGUCAAGUGUUUGAGAAAGAGGAUCAAACACCGGCCUGUCAGAGCCAAUCGAACGCCUUCACCCUCUCCAGACCGCGGGACUUCAUCUCCGCUUUGAACAAAGAACGAGACUCCAUGACACAAAGCCAGAACGAUCGUCCACAUGCCGAUGAGAGGCAGAAUAGACAGAGGUCGGAGCUGAUUGGUGGAUGCCAUGUUUCCUCCGUCUGUGAAAACUCCACAUCCGAGCCAAACCCCUCUGCUCUCAACAAACCAAAGUGUGACAUUUCUAAAGAAAGAGAUCAGCAGGAUUCACCAGCUGUCCAAUAUAUACAAGACCAGCAGAUCCACACAGGAGGCGCUGACGAUACGUUAAACAAACAAGUGCUGAGUGUUCACGAAUCGCCUGAAUACGGAGAGUUAUCCACAGCUGAGCUUUCCCCAGGACCAGCUGGAGAUCAGGCCCAGAAAGAGACACUUUUCCUGGCCGAAGGAGAGUCGGAUAACCUGGGCGUCUCUGGAGGACCAAAGAACGACGGACAGCCUGAUUCUUCAUCCAACACCAGGAUGGUUCUGCAAGGUUCUUCUGUGAUCUUUGCAGGAGAGAAACCUCACUACGGUCAGCAUUCACACGUGGCCUUUGACCCCUCACAGGUUUCUGGUCAUAGGGUCACAGAAACGUCAGAGGACCACCGAGCAGGAGCACUGAGUCCGUGGUCCUCGUGUCAAAACGCAGAAUCUAAUCCUGUCGACCGGCUGCCGACGUUCACCAGCCAGCGACCGCACGACCUCCCCACUGCUGCGGGCCAACAGGCUGCGUCUGACAACAG